GAUGGCUCCGCUGUGGAUGCACAGGUACGCAUCCGCGAUGCAGGCAGCCCGUGCCUCUCCCCACCUCCAUAUCUCAGCCUGGCACGCCCCUGCAGUUGCCUUGCCUGCCUCUGUGAUGCAGCUCCAUCCAUCGUGGCAGACUCUGGGGCGCGCCCACAGGCCCCUGAUAGCAGGGUGCCAGCUGCAUGCCUUGGCAGCCGCGACAGGCCUGCUGCGCGCGACGUUUGUCGAGUCACAACCUCCUCCGCCUUUCGUGUCCGAUUGCAAUUCGACACAGCCUUGUCCGGAUCCUGCCGACAGGCUCUUGUCCUCGAGACCGACAGGCCAGUCCCAACAGUCUCUCUCCAUGCGGCUGUUAGCUGUGGCGCGUCCGCAGGCGCGCGUCCGCAGGCCUGGUGAUGUGUAUAAGCUUCGCAGCAGUCGAUAUGGCGUCAUAAAGACACAAUGCCGCGGCGCUUGUCUCGCCCGCGGAUCACCACACUGCGCCGUCGAGCUAAGUGCAAGCAGGCGAUCCCACAGCGGCCGGCGAGUAAGUCACGUCUGCUCACUGACUCGGGAGGACUGGUGCACACUGCCCGUUUUGCUGCGACGGUCAAGAAGGCCGUAGCCAACGAAGCACCUCCGCCGAGCCGGGUCAUGCAGCCCGGCAUAGCGCCA